CCUCUACGGUUGGAACUAAUCUAACGUCACCUUGUUUCCCGGGUCAACAAUAGCUGACGGACCAGCCGCCCGGGACAGCUCUUCCUGUGACAACAUCAAUAUAAUUAUCACAACCUCUCCGGAAUUAUUUACCUUUGAACGAUUAUAUAAGCUUAUUGCAAUGUGAUAUCUGGGGCCGCAUACAAUGGAGGAAUAUAGUUCUGAAGUCAAUGGGGCGCCUCUCUCCCUCUCCUGUCUACGUCUGCUGGUUCCGCCGAUUCGACUGAUCUCGGCGGCCGUCUGGCAGACAGUGAAGCAGAAGGCGGUGCUGGAUUAUGGGAUGCUGGAGGAGUUUGUUUACAUGGUCACUGAUAUGGUGCCCCAUCUCCUGAAGGCGAGACAGAGGGCCGAACUGAUCUUCGGCCUACGAGCACGGCUGAUUCUGGAGCUUUGUCGCUCGGAGGAAACUUCAGACGCUAAGAUCAUUCAGCCCCAUCUAGACCGGAUGCAGCAUCUUCUGUCCAUGUGGGAUGUAGAGGUUCAUAAUGCCGGUGUGGAAAUAUCAGAUUCCCAUUUCCUGGGUCUUGUGCAAAGUCUCCUCAGAGAUCCUGCUGAGCGAGAUCGGUUUUUCAAGGAUGUUUUCCCAGAAGAAUUUGGCCCGAUGUAUGACAAAGCGAUACAAACACUGAUGUGGCAAUUCCUCUCCAGACUGGAGGAACUGCUUCCCGUCCAAACGGUACAACAGGUUGCGUCCCUGCUCGCUGAUUCCUCAUCGGUUCUUCAGGACAGCAUGGAGUCUGUGUUUCAUCUGCAGGAGCUCAAACCCUUGCUGGAAAGCCAAAAAGAUGUCAAUGUGCUGGAGGACGGCGACUCCUCCAGCGACACGUGCAUUCUGCCCGCGCUCUUCCUCCCCCCCGUGGGGCGGCCGGUGGUCGCCGCUGAACUGACGGAGCCGAUGGCCGAGGGGGCCCUGGUCUACACGGUGGACGCCGGCCUGGGGGUGGAGGUGGUGGAGACAGAGGAGACGGAGGGGACGGACAUCUACAUCGGGGAGAGCGGGAGCGAGGUGGCGCCGGCGGCGGAAGAGCAGUGGUUCGCUCUGGGCGCGGAGGAGACGGCGACGGGGCCGGCGGACGAGGUGGCGCCCGGCCUCGACGCGGCGGCGGCGGCGGUGGCGGUCCCGGCAAAGGUCACGGUGGAGAUGGAGGCGGAGACGGAGGAGGGGCGGCAGCGCCAGGAAGCGGAAGCGGAAACUGAGGCCGGCGCCGACGUCCCGCUCGGCGAGUGUCUCAAAUCGUCCACGCUGGAGUGCUUCGUGCUGCUGCAGAGGCUCAACGCCGAGGGGGGCUCGCCGACGCGGCCGGUGAGACGCAACCGCGGCCUCAAGAUGCAGAUGUACCUGGAGGAGCGGCGGAGGGGCGGCCAAGCGCCGACGGAGAGCGACGCGGUCGAUAAAACCGACUACCUGCUGCCGCAGCAACAACGACGCGCGAACGGGCCCACCGAGAAACCCGCCUUUCGUUGUACGGCCUGCAGCAAGGAGUACCGGAGAGCCGCGACGCUGCUCCGGCACAAGUGUGCGAACCGGAGCCCCUCCGAGGACGGGCCGGGCUCGUCGUUGAAGGAAGAGGAGGAGGAGGAAGGCGCCCUGGGGAAAGAGGCGUCCGCCGACGGGGAGAACCAGGAGCAGGCCCCCGUCAGCCCUGGGGGCGCCGGCCAGGGGUCCGUGUUCUCCUGCCCCCACUGCAGCGUGGAGUUCAAGUGCAAGCAGACGUUCCGCUGCCACCUGAGAAACAUCUGCUACAGCGGGCAGCUGGUGGACCCCGAGGGGCCCGGCGGCGGCGGCGCCAAGCGCUGCUUCCCCUGCGACGAGUGCGGCAAGGCCUUCCGCUACAAGUCGACGCUGGACUCGCACAAGCACACGCACAACCCGCUGUACUGCGACGUGUGCGCCAAGCUGGUGCGCGACGCCGAGGCGCUGGCCAUGCACAAGGCGUCGCACACGCCCUUCCAGUGCAACCUGUGCGCCGACAACUUCCGCGUGUUCAAGGAGCUGCACAAGCACUACGUGGACGCGCACAGCCCCCGCCUGCCCUUCGACUGCGGCCACUGCGGCGCGGGCUGCGGCAGCCUGAAGCGGCUGAUCCGCCACGAGUGGAAGCACACGGGCCACCAGCCCUUCCAGUGCCCGCACUGCCCCAAGCGCUUCCGCUCCUACUCGGACCUGCAGGAGCACCAGAAGAAGCACACCAAGGCCUACCCCUUCCUGUGCUGGGAGUGCGGCAAGAAGUUCCGCCACAACGUCACGCUGACGCGCCACGUGCAGCGCGAGCACCGGCCGGGCCAGGACCCUGCCGAGAAGGCGCGGCCGCCCGGCUUCGUGUGCACCCACUGCAGCAAGAGCUUCACGGCGCGCCGCUGCCUCCUGCGCCACGUGGACUUCUACCACAUGGGGCUGGGCCACCCGUGCUCCCACUGCGGGAAGGGCUUCUCGGGGAAGGAUGCGCUGGUGCGCCACAUGCUGAUCCACACCGGGGAGAAGCCGUACAAGUGCGACGACUGCGACAAGUGCUUCCGCUCGGCGUCGGAGCGCAAGGUGCACGGCCGCUACCACACGGGCGAGCGGCCGUUCCGGUGCAAGGUGUGCCUGAAGGGCUUCGUGCAGUCGUGCUUCCUGACGCUGCACAUGCGCACGCACACGGGCGAGCGGCCGUACCCGUGCGCGGCCUGCCCCAAGGCCUUCUCCAGCCUGCACGGCCUGAAGAGACACAAGAGGCUGGUGCACGCGUAAACAGGAGCGGGCGGGGAUGAAACUAGGAUUGUUUUGACGAUGUUGGGCGGUUGUCUGACGUUUGUCUGGCGUUUGUUAAACAGUUCUUUGACGAUUGUUUGACGAUUGUUUUCAUAAUUGUUUGAUUUUUUGACGAGAGGAGGAAAGGUCCGGUGCUUUAAGAGGAUAUUCUUUGCGUUGCUUUUGGUAAUGGCCGACUCACUCGCAGCUAGUUUUGGUUUGUUAUUGUUUGGAGUUAUUGUCUGUAUGUCUGUGAGAGUUCUCGAAAUGUUUGGUUCUAGAAUUGAAUUAGGGAAGAAAUGGAGAAGAGCUUUUGUAAACAAAGGACAUCUGAAUAAAUCAAUUUGAAAUCAA